AUGUCCGAGCACCACGAGGUGUUGUUUAGUAGGCAGACCCCAUUGAACCUUGCCUUGCCCAAAGAUGUUGAGCAGCCUAUUCACACAUGUGUUGGAGCACAAUGGGACUGCUCUGACAUUCAAUGCCCUGGUACUUGUUCAAUUGAAGGAGGCUCAUUUAUGACGACAUUUGAUGAAAGAACUUACAGAUUCCAUGGUGAUUGCGAGUAUCUACUUGUUGGGAGCAGUAAAAUGCCCAGGCAUGGUACUAUAGAAGCAAUUUUUGAACAGUGUGGUACUACAUACACAAAAACACGUUUAGUAAGUGUCAUCUAUGCUACUUAUGAGAUGAAAAUUGUUUUUUCAAUGGAUGGAAAAAUAGAAGUAAAUAAUCAACGGAAAAACUUACCAUUUCGGACAGGCAAUAUCAAAAUCUAUAGAUGCUCUUCCAAUUACAUUCAAAUGAACACCAACUUUGGCCUGGACAUACUUUUUAAGGUUACUGAAGUUUUCCAGGUGUAUAUCACAGUUGGAGUGAUGUUUUAUGGCAGCACCAGUGGGCUGUGUGGGAAUUUCAAUGGAGACUCUACAGAUGAUUUUAAAAGUAGUAUGGAAAUAACAGAAGGUAGUCCUGUUUAUUUUGUGAAUUCCUGGAGAGUCACUGCACACUGUGGAGUUGCCCAUGAUGAGGAUUCUGAUCCUUGCUCAUUAAGUCAAGUAAAUGAGAUGUUUGCUGAGGUCCAUUGCUCUGCAUUGUUGAAAGAGAGCUCCAUAUUUGGACAAUGUCACAACUACUUGGAUCCCAUAGAAUUUUAUAAGAACUGUAGAUUUGAGACAUGCAACUAUGAGCAAACAAAUGACUUCAUGUGUGCAAGUCUUGCUUCAUACGUUAGUGCUUGUGCCAAGAGAGGUGUUCUCUUAAUAGGUUGGAGGAAUUCAAUAGAGCAAUGCAGAAUUUCUUGUCCUCACAAUCAGACCUUCAGUUAUGACUCUAGAGCUUGUAAUCGCACUUGUUUGUCACUGUCUGAUCCCAAUUUUGAGUGCAGUGCAGGUGAUGCUCCAGUGGAUGGCUGCAACUGCCCAGAACACACUUACUUGGAUGACACUGGAAAAUGUGUCAGUGCAGCUGAAUGUCCAUGUUUCCUGGCUCAUGUUGUCAUUGCACAUGCCAAUGAGAAAAUAAACCUUUAUGGUGGAAUAUGUGUGUGUGAGAAUGGGAACCUCAAGUGCACCGGUCAGGAUCCACAAGAACAAUGCUAUCCUCCUAAAGUUUACUUUAACUGUGAAAAUGCGCAAGACGGUGAAUAUGGAGCUGCAUGUGCACAAACAUGUCAGAUGCUUGCUGCAGAAGGUCAAUGUAUUUCAGUUUGUGGACUCUGUGGCAAUGCCAAUGGUAAUAUUAAAGAUGAAUUGAUAACUCAGAGCCAACACUCAGCUUUCACUUUAAUGAGCUUUGUCAAUUCUUGGAAAGAAGAUCCCAUGUGUGAUGAUGUGACUGAAGUUGUAUAUCCAUGUGCCAAAAAUCCAUAUCGUAAGUCUUGGGCAGAAAAACGAUGUAAAAUAAUUCACAGUGCCUUGUUUCAACCAUGCCGUAAUUUGCUCCAGUGGCUUCCAUACUAUAACAAUUGUAUUAGAGAUUCAUGUGGUUGUGAACUAGUUGGAGAUUGCGAUUGUCUCUGUGAUGCUGUUGCAGCCUUUGCCAAGGCAUGCUUAGAUGCUGGCGUUUGCAUUGAUUGGAGAACACCUGACUUUUGUCGUAAGUUUUAA